CGUCCCUCCUCUUCUGCAUUCUCUCACGGUCUCACGGUCUGACCUUAGGCCAGUUCUAGAAGCUUCUAGAAUCUAGAUAGACCGCGGCAUGGGCAACGGCCUUUCCCCUUGCUCGUGCACCACGGCCGUGCACGGCGAGGAAACGGAGGCCAGGCUGGUGUUCUGGGGUGGGCCGACGAGGCUGGCCGCAGCUUCUGGCCCGAGGCCAACCACGGCCGGCGACGUCACGGCGGAAGCUCCCGACCACCUCGUCUGCUCCGGCGACUCCUUCUUCAUCGGCCUCCCGAUCCCGGCGCUACCGUCGGGCGAACAGCUUCAGGCGGGGCGGACCUACUUCGUGCUGCCCGCGGCCCGGUUCUCUUGUUGCCAGGCGCUCACCGCCGCCUCGCUCGCAUCGCUGUCGCCGGCCCCGACGAAGGUGUCCCUUGCCGGCGCGUCAUCACCGUUCGAGUACGUCACGGGUGACGACGGCAUGUCGCUCAUCAGGGUCCUCCCGGAGUUCAUCGAGAAGGUGAUCACGUGCGGCGGCGGCGGGGGAGGCAAGAGCAAGUGUGGGGCGGUGUCGCCAGACCAGCUGUGCAGCACGCCGGAGCUGAGGAAGCACUACAUGCAGCUGGUGGGAUCGAGGCAGCAGCGGCCGUGGUCACCGGGGCUCGAGACGAUAUCGGAGGCCAGGAAGAGGAGGCGGAUGCCGUCGCCGGUGAGGCUGGUCGGGCUGGCAAAGAAUUCAAGAUAGCAUUAGCAUAGAUUGGGCUGUUCAUGAAGAGAGAUGGAAAGCUUAGAUUUUAGUCUCGAUUAAUUGUUCAUUCUACUCGAGAAAGAAAAGUCAAUCGUGCACAAAAUAGAUAUAGUAUAGAAGGAGAUGAGUAGAGAAUUUGAUUUAGCUCUACUUCAUUCAUUUUUCAAUUACAUCAGGAAUUUGAUGCAAAUGAACGAAUCAGUUGAC